AUGGAGAAGAUCGAUCACAGCGGUCUUGCCGACAGCAAGACCAUGGGCUUCAUUGCCAUGGUUACGGAGACUUCCAAGCCUGGCCGUCAGCCUCCCCUAUCGGCUUCCAGUGACUCGGCGUGGAACUCGGGCGGCGCAGUUGCAACCCGCGGAAGGAAGAAAUUGACCACGGCCACUGCCGGACCUGCUACCACGAAGACUUCCAAUGUUGCGACUUCUGCUACCGCAAAGUCCACGAAGUCCGCCGAAAUCACUUCGUCAUUCAAGACAGUCACUAGGCCUACUACAGGUGGAUCAACUCUGUGGUUCACGGAGCCAACUACUUUCGCCACGACUUCGGCUUCUGCUUCACAGACGGCGACCAGCGGGCUUGCAACCCCCACCAACAGCAGGGCGCCAGCUCCGGAGGCCAGUGAUAACAGCGCGCCCAACCCGCAGUUAAUCAUUAUCAUCCCAAGUGUCGUUGGUGGAAUCAUUCUUUCGAUUAUCGCCAUUGCCAUUAUCAAGGCAUGGUGUCGUAGCCGUGAGGCGGUCAAAGAUGGCAACGCUCGCCUGGCCAACAGCGGCCUUGGUCGGUGGGAACCUACUUACGGCCAAACUGCGCACUCGCCGUCCGCGGACGAAGAUGCCUUCCCUUUUGGUCAUCGCGCCCCUUGCCCACUUCCUCGUCCGGAGGGCAUCCAGAACGGAAGCGCUCAACAGAACCAAGAUGAGUACCAACUUCAGGACCUGACCCCGACUCAGUACGGCGGCGGAACGCAGACGGAAAUCUUUCCACCCUAUCAGGAUCGUGGUUCGCGUUCUUAUCCUCAAAGCACCGUGGGUUCCCAGCGCAGCUACAUUGCCUACCAACCUCACCCGCAGCACCAAAUCCAGCUUCAGCCGGCCGAACUGCCCGGUGACAGCUACAUUCAGAGUCCGACUACUGCUGGACCAUCUAUCCAGAGUUCUCCUUCGGCAACAACUUACAUCCAGCCUACUUCUACUACUGGAUCCCCCGACCAGGCUACUCCUACCGAUGCCUACCCUCAGAACCCGCCCGCCGGCACGUACCACCAGACUUCUCUCACUGGCACUUACAUGCAGGUCGUCAACCAAAACUAA